UUUUCGCGUUCGUGGAAAACGUGGCUGCAAAAAUUAAUAGCAUAGACGUACUUUAAACGUUUAACAAUAUUUAUGGUGACACAAAUCACGUCUAAAGAAAAUCAUGGAUUUAUUGCACAAUUAGCCUGCUAGCUAAUGUUAGCCACUUUGCUUCCUGAUUCAGUGACUCGUCAGUCUGGCAGCAGUUUAUCUCCAACAUCAAUUUCUGUGUCAUGGAGUUCGCAGAGCUGAUCAAAACUCCCCGAGCGGACGGCGUUGUCCUGCACCGGCCCUUCAUGCCCAACGUGGAAGGGACUCUUUGUUUAACUGGCCACCAUCUAAUUCUCUCCUCCAGACAGGACAACACGGAGGAGCUGUGGCUGCUUCAUUCAAACAUCGACUCCAUUGAGAAGAGGUUUGUUGGGUCGUUGGGAAGCAUCAUCGUCAAAUGCAAAGACCUGAGAGUGAUUCAGCUCGACAUCCCCGGCAUGGAGGAAUGCCUGAACAUCGCCAGCUCCAUUGAGGCCCUGUCCACUCUUGACUCCGUCUCCCUCAUGUAUCCGUUCUUCUACCGGCCCAUGUUCGAGGUCCUGGAGGAUGGAUGGAACUCUUUUCUUCCACAGAAUGCAUUUAAAGGCUUGGAGUCCAUGACCGAUGAGUGGAGGCUGAGUGAAGUCAAUAAGGAUUUUAGCGUGUGCUCGUCAUAUCCCUCUCUUGUGGUGGUACCCAAAGACGUCGACGAUGACGCGUUGAGGAAAGUUGCCACCUUUCGCCACGGCGGCCGUUUCCCAGUGCUUAGUUACUAUCACAGCAAAAACGGCAUGGUGAUGAUGCGAGCCGGACAGCCGUUGGCGGGGACCAACGGGAGGCGGUGUAAGGAAGACGAAAAACUGAUCAAUGCCACUCUGAGGCCUGGAAAGCGCGGCUACAUCAUUGACACUCGCACCAUUAAUGUUGCCCAGCAGGCCAAAGCUCGCGGGGGGGGAUUUGAGUCUGAGGCAAACUACCCACAGUGGAGGAGGAUCCACAAAUCCAUUGAGAGGUAUAACGUCCUCCAGGAGAGCCUGAUAAAACUGGUGGAGGCUUGUAAUGAUCAGUCCCACAGCAUGGACCGCUGGUUGAGCAAGCUAGAGGCGUCCAACUGGCUGUCUCAUGUCAGGGAAAUCCUCACAACUGCCUGCCUGGCUGCCCAGUGUAUUGACAGGGAGGGGGCUUCAGUUCUUGUCCAUGGCACUGAGGGGACAGAUUCCACCCUGCAGGUGACCUCCUUGGCUCAGAUUAUUCUUGAUCCGAGCUGCAGGACCAUCAAAGGCUUCCAAAGACUGGUGGAGCGGGAGUGGAUCCAGGCAGGUCACCCGUUCCAGCAGCGCUGUGCUCAGUCUGCGUACUCCAACAGCAAGCCUCGCCACGAGGCCCCCGUCUUCCUGCUCUUCCUGGACUGCGUGUGGCAGAUCCUCCGACAGUUUCCCUGCUCCUUCGAGUUCAAUGAGAGCUUCCUAGUGCUUCUGUUUGAACAUGCCUACGCCUCUCAGUUCGGUACUUUUCUCUGCAACUGUGCAGCCGAGAGAGCUAGGCUCUUUCUGCCUGAGAAGACUGUAUCUCUUUGGUCGUGGAUGAAUCGGCCUCAGGAGCUGGAGCACCUGACCAACCCCCUCUAUGAAGCCAACAGUCUUGUAAUCUGGCCGUCAGUGGCCCCGCAGAGCCUUCUGCUGUGGGAGGGAGUGUUCCUUCGCUGGAACCGAUCCUCCAAGUGUUUGGAUGAGGCCUACGAUGAAAUGGUACAUAUCAUUGAAUACAACAAAGAACUUCAGAACAAAGUGAACUGCCUGCGCCGGCAGCUGGCCGAGCUGGAAACGGAUGAGCCGGUGCUGCGAACCCCAUAAAAAUGAGAAAGACACUUAAAAACUGAAGGAGAAAAACGAGGAGGAGUAAAACAUUAUUUCACAAUUAGGAAAUCAGGCAUUUAACAUGCUUUAAAUUUUUUUAUUUAAUUUCACUAAUGUACCUCUAACAUCAGCAUCCAUGCUGUCCCCAACAUACAGAGAUUUCUUCACAUUCCGUGAUUUUUCUUUCUUUCUUUUUUUUAAUCAAGAACUUCACUUGUUGAAUUCAUCUAUUUCCUUAAAUGCAUUUUCCCAAAUGCUUAUAGAACUGAAGCACUGCGGCGUAACUAUGGCAACAUAUGUAGAUAAGGCAGUAUGUGGCUCUCCGGGGUGUUGAGAUGAAACGUGUAGGUUGGGUCAUCACCUUCUGUACUGCGAUUAGUAACAGGCAUCUCUCCAUCCCAUGUUCUGCGUCCUCGUUAUCCCGGUCCGGGUCGGAGCAGAUCCCGAGUUGCCCAACUCGUGGUGUAAAAAUGUUCUGGAGAGUGUGAUGCAGAGAAAUGAUGAUGCGGUAACGAGGCUGUUGCCAUAGUGAUAAAAAGAGGACGCCAGUCUUUUGAAGAAUGUUUGUGUUUAACACUAAUCUACACUUGGUAAUCCAAGUGGGAAUCAUAACUGUUGGAACAAAAAUUCAAGUUAUGCACUUUCUGUGAAAAAACAUUUUUUUCCAAGAAAUAGUAUCUUUAAAACACAAAAUUAUGCAAAUGUUCUUACCAAACCUAAACUCAAAAGCAAAUUAAGUUUCUUUGAAAAAUGUUCGUUCUGCCUUUUCUGUUGUUUUUUGUUUGUUUGUUUUUUACAUAAAGCCCUAAUUUAUGUGUCAAAAUGAAUGUUCUGUUCUUGUCUUUGGUAACUUGUUUGCCUCCAACUAAAUCCACUUUCACUGCUUUACUAUGGUAAUUCUGAUUUACCACCAGGGUUAGGACAUAAUCCCUGAAGAACUUUAAUCUGUGGGAAAAAGGAUAUUUACAUGCUCGCUCAAGGAGUAUUUUAUCCAUUUAAAAAAAAAAAAACAUUACACCAAAUACUUUCUGCGUGCAAGAAUAAAAAUAAAACAUGAAAACAUUUAUUGUAAAAUUAUAAUCUAUCACUGCAAAACUAGACUGAUUUAUGUAGCAUAAUCCAAAAUAUUUAAUAGGAUUAAGGUCGCUAAAUCAUCUAUCCUUGCUCGGAAGAACAAUUAAUCUCAUUAAACUUCAACAAACACUUGUUUUGUCUGCUUAUCAAGAUUGUGCAAUGCAUUACUGUAAAGAUUAAAUUCACAACACUUAUUAAAGCUUUUAUUUGUUAUGUAAGACAAUAAAAGUUUAAAAAUCAA